AUGGAACCCAUUGAGUUCCAUCGGCUCCACGGGCAGGAGACCCCGGGGAACCCUCUGAGCGCCGAGCCGAGCCAACCGGCGGCCAGCGUGGACCUGGACUUCCUGGAGGAUGACAUCCUGGGCUCGCCGGCCGGCGCCGGCGCGGGCGCCGAGCAGCCGUGCGACAUCCUCCAGCAGAGCCUGCAGGAGGCCAACAUCACCGAGCAGACGCUGGAGGCCGAGGCCGAGCUGGACCUGGGCUCCUUCCAGCUGCCGGCGCUGCAGCCGGUGGUGCAGGCGGCCGACGGCACGCCGCAGAUCUUCUCGGGCGGCGCCGACCUGCUGGGGCUGCAACCUCCGGCCGUGCUGGCGCCGCAGGCUUUGGUGCAACCGCCCGACGUGGUCAACAAGGCCAUCAGCGUGCAGCCCUUCCUGCAGCAGGUGGGGCUGGGCAACGUCACCAUCCAACCGCUGCCCAACCUGCCCGGUUUGCCCAACGGCAGCCCCGGCGGCGCGCUGGGGCUGGGCCCCAUCCAGGUGGUUGGCCAACAGGUGAUGGCCAUCAACCAACCCGCCGCGCCGCAGCUGCUGGCCAAACCGGCGCCGGUGGCGGCCGUGGGCGGUUACAUCGCCCAGCCCGAGGCGGCCGCGGCGCAGGGAGCCGGCUUGGUGAUCCAGAAGAAUUGGCUCCACGGGCAGGAGACCUCGGGGAACCCUCUGAGCGCCGAGCCGAGCCAACCGGCGGCCAGCGUGGACCUGGACUUCCUGGAGGAUGACAUCCUGGGCUCGCCGGCCGGCGCCGGCGCGGGCGCCGAGCAGCCGUGCGACAUCCUCCAGCAGAGCCUGCAGGAGGCCAACAUCACCGAGCAGACGCUGGAGGCCGAGGCCGAGCUGGACCUGGGCUCCUUCCAGCUGCCGGCGCUGCAGCCGGUGGUGCAGGCGGCCGACGGCACGCCGCAGAUCUUCUCGGGCGGCGCCGACCUGCUGGGGCUGCAACCUCCGGCCGUGCUGGCGCCGCAGGCUUUGGUGCAACCGCCCGACGUGGUCAACAAGGCCAUCAGCGUGCAGCCCUUCCUGCAGCAGGUGGGGCUGGGCAACGUCACCAUCCAACCGCUGCCCAACCUGCCCGGUUUGCCCAACGGCAGCCCCGGCGGCGCGCUGGGGCUGGGCCCCAUCCAGGUGGUCGGCCAACAGGUGAUGGCCAUCAACCAACCCGCCGCGCCGCAGCUGCUGGCCAAACCGGCGCCGGUGGCGGCCGUGGGCGGUUACAUCGCCCAGCCCGAGGCGGCCGCGGCGCAGGGAGCCGGCUUGGUGAUCCAGAAGAGCCUCCCCGCCGUGGCCACCACCACGCUGAACGGCAGCUCGGUGUUCGGCGGCGUCUCGGCGGCGUCGGCGCAGCCGCUCACCGUCACCUCGGGGCUGGGCGGCUCCUUGGUGCCGGCGCCCAACGUCAUCAUCCACCGCACGCCCACGCCCAUCCAGCCCAAACCCGCCGGCGUGCUGCAGCAGAAGCUCUACCAGAUCACGCCCAAACCCUUCGCCGCCGGCGGCGCCCUGGCGCUGCCCGGCGAGGCGCCGGCCAAGGCGCAGCAGAACCUCACCUUCAUGGCCGGCAAAGCCGCGCCCAACGUGGUGCUGCAAGGCUUCCCCCCCAACGUCUUCAAGCCGCCGCCGCCGCAGCCGCCGGCGCUGGGCAAAUCCAUGAGCGUGCACGUGCUCAACCAGGGCGGCUCCAUCGUCAUCCCGGCGCAGCCCUUCCAAGGACAGAACCAGUUCCUGCUGCCGGGCCAGCUGGCCGGCGCCUCGGCCGUGCCGCUGCCGCAGCCGCUCUCGGCGCUGCCGGCCAACGUCGGCGGCCAGCUCUUACCGGGCGCUGGCCAGGCGCACAUCAUCGCCGGCCAGAGCGCCGGCGCGCAGCUCCUGGCCAACCCCGCCUUGCCGGCGCAGCUCCUCAACCAAAGCCUGGCGGGGCAGCUCAACCUGGGCCCGGUGCUGGCGUCGCCGGGCGCGGCGGGCACGGCGCACAUCCUGUCGGCGGCGCCCAUCCAGCUGCAGCCGGGCCAGCCGGCGCCGGCGCUCUUCCAGAUGCCGGUGUCGCUGGCCGGGACCUUGCCCAGCCCCGGCUCGGCGGCGGCGCCGGCGCCCACGGUGAUCCAGGGCGUCACCUUGGCCAGCCCGGUGGCCAUGCUCAACGCCGGCGAGGGUUUGGGCGCCGCCGCCGUCGGCAUCCAGGCGGCCGCCGGACCCCAAAAUCCCAAAAUUCACCUCAAAUCUGAGAAUCCGCCCCAAAACCCCCGGAAUUCACCUCAAAACCCCCAGAAUUCACCCCCAAAUCCUUUAAAUUGA